GAAUCCCAGCUUUCAGUCCAAGGUCUCCACCCCUCUCGGACCCUCCCCGGUAUUUACCGCCCCCCAUCCUCCCCCCCAAAAACACAACGGCACAUCUUAACAGAUCUGAGGUCCUCAUUUCACCAAACACGUUGGACUGAUACCGUUUUACUCUGUUUUAGUACUGUCGGGGGUGUCCACGGGUUGCAGCACAGUCCUCUUUACAAAUUGUGCGUACGAACGAAAUCCUUUCGGGGUACCUCUGCGCGCACGGCGCAAUACUUUAGGGUACGUAGUGGGAAACUACUGCCUAGUACCCCAGCUUUAAGCGCUUUGACGAGAGUUGCCCUUUGGACAUGGCUUAUUGACUGCCAACAGUUAUCCUAAAGUUGCAAACUGAGAAGGCAGACGAAGAUGACACUUUCUAGUGGCAGCCGCGCCACAUGGUAUCUCCACAUAGUUUUGUUAUUGGAUUCCCUCCUGUUACUUGCUUUUUUGACUGAUGUUGCUCUGGCAGGUGGAAAAAGCUAUUCAGGACCAUGUGGUGGAAGAAACUGCACUGGAGGUUGUCAGUGUUUCCCUGAAAAGGGAGCUCGAGGGCAACCAGGACCAAUUGGACCUCCAGGACCUCAAGGACCACCAGGCUUGAUAGGACAUAUUGGUCUGCCAGGACCCCAUGGAGAAAAAGGUGAAAUGGGCCCAACAAGUUUGCCAGGGCUUAAAGGAGAUAUGGGUUCCCGGGGUGUCCCAGGCUUUCCAGGAGCAGAUGGGGUUCCAGGGCAUCCAGGAGCCGCUGGACCAAGAGGAAAACCAGGGCUUGAUGGCUGCAAUGGAACAAAAGGAGAUACUGGCUUAAUGGGAAUUCCAGGCAUUAUGGGCUUGCCUGGCUUAUCAGGUCUCAUCGGUACAAAAGGUCAGAAAGGAGAUUCCUAUGUAACGGACACACGACUAUACAGAGGUGACUCAGGAGAACCAGGCAUGAAUGGAUUCCCAGGUGUGUCAGGUGUGCCCGGCCUUCCAGGUGAAAGGGGGCCAUAUGGACCUCCAGGAAUAAAAGGAAAACCUGGACAAAAAGGAGUAAUGGGAGAACAGGGCGAUACAACAACUGGUGUUAAAGGAGAAAAAGGAGAAAAGGGUGACCAGGGUGAUCCAGGUCCUACUGGGACUAUUGAAGCUAAAAAACCACAUACAGUUAUAAAAGGGAGUAAAGGAGCACAGGGACAAGCUGGAGAGAAAGGAGAACAAGGAUUGCCAGGUGAUGCUACAAAGGCAAAAGGAGAGGAUGGCAUAAAAGGAUUUCCUGGUGAAAGGGGUCCUGCUGGUCCGGAUGGAUUUCCCGGAAUAACAGGAGAAAAGGGUUCCGCUGGUCGUCAUGGUAUGCCCGGUGUGGAUGGCCAAAAAGGAAUGAAGGGAGAAAGAGGUGAACCUGGACCCCAAGGGCCAGUCACUGUCAUUAAACCAACUGGUGUAAUUGAAGCACCAAAAGGUGAAAAAGGCAGCAGAGGUGAGAAAGGACUUCCUGGAGAAAGGGGAGAGCAAGGGCAGCCUGGGGCUCCUGGUUUGAAGGGUACAGAGGCAUCUAUUCCAGGUGACCAUGGUGAACCUGGUUCUGUUGGUGAAGCUGGUUCAAAAGGAUUUAAAGGAGACCCAGGACCUCCAACUACUGAGGCAGGACCUCCAGGAAAACCAGGGGCAAAUGGGCUUCCUGGUAUUCCAGGCCUACCUGGACUCCCAGGACUUGCUGAUGAGAGAAGACCUCCAGGACUGCCAGGUCCACAAGGUUUUCCAGGGCUCCGAGGACAAAAAGGAUUAAAAGGUGAAGCAGGUAACUGUCCAUGUAUGGAUGAAGCACCUGUUGGUCGUCCAGGUCCGGAUGGGUUUCCUGGAGCUGUUGGAGAGCCUGGAAGAAAAGGAGAGCCUGGUGCUCUUGGUAUAGAAGGUGGACCUGGUUUUAAAGGCCAGCAAGGUUUUCCUGGCAAACAAGGGUAUCCUGGCCCAAAAGGACAAAAGGGUGAACCAUUUAGAUUACAGAUAAAAGGUAUGAAGGGAGACCAAGGUGACCCUGGUUUAACUGGUCCCCCUGGGGAUGAUGGCUGGAAUGGAAGAGAUGGAAUUCCAGGACCCCCUGGUCCCAAAGGUCAACAUGGUGAUGCAAUGAAAGGUCCAUCAGGUGAUCCUGGAUUUCAAGGUUUACAAGGUCAGAAGGGUGAACGAGGCUUGAUGGGAUUACCAGGUGUUGGCUUUCCAGGCCCAAGAGGGGUGCGUGGUCCUCCAGGUGAUCAAGGCCUAGAAGGAAGGCAGGGUCCUUCUGGUGAACCAGGACCUCCAGGUGACCCAUGUGAGAGAAAAGACAAAAACGGUGAAAAAGGCCCUCCAGGACUACCAGGCAUGCCAGGUAAAAAAGGUGAGAGAGGAGCAACAGGCCUGUCAGGUGAACAUGGACUUCCUGGAGAUAAAGGAUUACAAGGUGACCCAGGCCCUCAAGGACUAGGUGGCCCAGGUUUUACUGGACCAAGGGGAGAUCCUGGGUUACCUGGAGUCCCAGGACAAGAAGGAUUUCAAGGUUUUUCUGGAAUUCCAGGGCUACAAGGCUCUGUAGGAGAUCAAGGAGCUCCUGGAGAGGCAUUAGGAGCAUCAACAGGUCCACCAGGUGAACUAGGACCUCAUGGGCUACCUGGGCAGAAAGGCAUCCGUGGAGAUCUUGGUUUAUCGGGAUUUAAAGGAGUCAGUGGCAUGCCUGGUAUAACUGGCAUGAAAGGUGACACUGGACCCCCAGGACAAAAAGGUGCUGUUGGAAUAAAUGGAUUUCCAGGAUUUCCAGGAUUACCAGGACCAGCUGGCCUACCAGGUCCAACAGGAUUGCAAGGCCAAAUAGGAAACACAGGUUUUCCUGGCUUACGAGGUGAACAAGGUGAUCAAGGUGAACCUGGUCCUCCUGGACUAAAGGGUACUGAAGGUGAACCAGGUAAUCCUGGAGAAUAUGGGGAGCAUGGCGUGGUGGGUGCUCGAGGUGACCCUGGUCCAGUUGGAGUUUACGGAAUACCAGGUCCUCCAGGCCAGAAGGGGUCAAUUGGUGUAACUGGCUUUAUAGGGAUGCCCGGCCCUCGAGGCAUAACUGGAGACAAAGGAGUGAAAGGUGUCCAUGGCUUUAAUGGAUUUAUCGGUGCCAGAGGUCUUGAAGGUUCUCCAGGAUUGAAAGGUGAACGGGGAGCGCAAGGUCCAAAUGGAGUGGCACACAUGAACAUUUCCGUGGCUGCAGCUAUGAUAAAGGGUGACAAAGGGGACUUUGGAGAUCAAGGAGGAAAAGGAUUUGUGGGACCAAGAGGUGAAAAGGGCAUGCCCGGUUACCCUGGCAUAGCUGGUGUACCAGGCAUUCCUGGCUCCCCUAGUCGUGAAAAGGGUGUUCAAGGGGGUAGAGGUGAAAAGGGAAAAACUGGUAUUCAUGGACUUCCAGGUCAACCUGGUCCUAAAGGAAUUUCUGGCUUUCCAGGAAUGACAGGCAAACGCGGUGAACAUGGAGAAGAAGGAGCCAUUGGGGUCCCAGGCGAAGAAGGUCCUACUGGUUUAAAAGGUGAUGUUGGUGACACAGUGAACUUGCCAGGACUACCAGGAUUCAGAGGUGUUCCAGGUGACUAUGGCCCUCAAGGUGAAGAGGGUUGGAAAGGAGAAAGUGGACCAGAAGGACAGCCAGGUUUUCCGGGUAUUGAUGGGAUGAAAGGAAAGCCAGGUGAACAAGGAGUCAGAGGAGUAACAGGUUGGCCAGGUCUGGAAGGAUCACAGGGAGCUCAAGGCAUCCCAGGUGGAGAGGGAAUACCAGGGGAGCCAGGCCUUCCAGGAAAACACGGAUUUCCAGGUCCACCAGGUUUUGCCGGACCUGAUGGUUUGCCAGGCCUAGAUGGUCUGACAGGAAUUAAAGGUAGAGCAGGAUCCCCAGGUUUACCAGGAAGGGGAUAUCCUGGAAUGCCUGGCAAGCCAGGAGAGAAAGGAAUUAUAGGAAUUCCUAGUACAUUACCAGGAAUUCCUGGGAUUCAAGGAUUACAUGGACCCAAAGGGACAUCAGGUGAACUUGGUCUACCAGGUUUACAAGGUGUCCCAGGAGAGCCUGGACUUUCUUCUCCUGCUGGCCGACCUGGAAAACCUGGAGACACUGGUGCUACAGGGCCUUUUGGCCUACCAGGUCCUCCUGGAGCACAAGGAUAUAAAGGUAUAUAUGCAUUGCCUGGGCAAAAGGGACUGCCAGGUGAAAGAGGAUACCCAGGACUACAUGGAGAUAAAGGAGUCCCUGGUAACGUUGGACCUCAAGGGACAUUUGGCUUUUCAGGAGAGACUGGUUCUAAAGGUGAAAAGGGUGAACCUGGUCUGAUUGGAUUCCCUGGAGUGGCUGGGAUAACUGGGGACAGAGGACCAAAAGGGCCUAGAGGUGACCCAGGCCUUCCUGGUGUCAAAGGAUCACCAGGUUCCCCUGGGAAUUAUUCCCUCCCUCUACAUAUAAAAGCAGAAAAAGGAACUAUGGGACACAUUGGAAUUCAAGGGCCUUCUGGACGUCAAGGCGAGCAUGGACCCCAAGGCCCUCCUGGUGAUAUAGGUUUGCGAGGUCCAGAGGGACAACCAGGAAUGCCAGGCAUUCCUGGGAGAGUGUCAUUCCCAGGCAUUCGUGGAAGUCAAGGCCCAAUGGGUCAAAGAGGUCCUGUAGGCUUUCAAGGUUACCCAGGCCAUCCAGGUCCUCGUGGGUUGCCUGGAAUGCCAGGUCGUAGUGUUAACGUUGGGUAUUUGCUGGUGAAGCACAGCCAAACCGAAGAGGUGCCAAUGUGCCCAGUAGGCAUGAACAAACUCUGGGAUGGCUACAGCCUCUUGUAUUUUGAAGGGCAGGAAAAAGCUCACAAUCAAGACUUGGGUUUAGCAGGUUCAUGCCUGCCUCGCUUCAGCACAAUGCCCUUCCUAUACUGCAAUCCAGGAGAUAUUUGCUACUAUGCCAGCAGAAAUGACAAAUCCUACUGGCUGUCUACUACUGCUCCUCUGCCCAUGAUGCCCGUGGCUGAAGAAGAAAUCAAGCCUUAUAUUAGCCGUUGCUCAAUUUGUGAUGCACCAUCCCUUGCUGCUGCCGUUCACAGCCAAGAUGGUUCCAUCCCACGAUGUCCUGAGGGAUGGCGCAGCUUAUGGAUUGGUUACUCUUUCCUGAUGCAUACUGCAGCCGGAGAUCAAGGUGGCGGGCAAUCUCUUAGUUCUCCUGGCAGCUGUCUAGAGGAUUUCCGAGCCACUCCUUUUAUUGAAUGUAAUGGAGCCCGUGGAACGUGCCACUAUUAUGCCAACAAAUACAGCUUUUGGCUCAGCACCAUAGACCAGCAAUUUCAAAAUUCUCCUGCAGCAGACACUCUCAAAGCAGGGCAAAUCCGGACUCACAUUAGCCGAUGCCAAGUCUGCAUGAAGAAUUUGUAACAACACUACAUCUGUGACACAAAAGAGAGAAAUUAGUUCAUUGAUUUAAAAUAUUCUUUCCCAUUUGGUGCUUAUUUUAACUUAUUACCUCAGAGGAAUUCAGUGGAAGCAUAUUAUGUGAUUUGCUGAUUUGGCUAUCAAAGCACAUUUCUAACGCAUAUUCAGUCUAAGCAGUUCUUUUUAUCGAUGGUUCUUUGCUGUAUCAGGCUUUUUACAUAUUUAAACAGGGUGUAUUAUAAUGCUGGCCUGUUACAUCACCAUUCAAAGCCACAAAAUCUGAUUUGUAUAUAAAAUACAUUUUACAAAAAAAAUCUGAAUUUAUACAAGUUUAGUAACUGGUCUUGUGCAAAAACAAAAACAAUUAAAAUAUUACUAACAAAAAUGGCAUCUGUAAAUCAGUAUUAAUAGUUAUGCACCAUGUGCGUACUCACACAUGGUAGUAUGAUCUAUUAAAUAUAGCUUUACAUAUACUUGUACUGUUUAAUCAUGCUGCAUUUACUGUGUAUUGGCUUAUGGGUACAGUCAUACUGUUAUAACAACAUAAUAUGUUGCUGUUAACAGAAACUACAGUUGUUUUAUGUGAAUCCUUACAACAUGCACUGCAGUAACUAUGUUCAAUUAAAGAAACGUUUGCUAUUUUUUGUAUUUCUUA